CACGUUGGAAUCCACUUGCUACAAACCGCAUCUAAAAAUUGGUAGGUACCACCGCUCUGCAAAUCUGCCCAAUUCAGUCUACUUGGGAGCUCAAUCAUGGAAUUGGAAUUGGAGACCAGUUUGUUUUCUUAUUUCAACUCUGAUGAUUCCACUGGUAAGGCCUCUACCAUACCAGAUGACUUAUUUGUGGAGUUUCAAAUGGCGGAUAAUUUAUUCGAGCUUUCUGACGACACCAUUGGAGGCACCAUUUCGGACAGCACGUCAGAGCAGCUUCUCUUCAAGAACAAUGGCAUCGAUUCUUCCUGCGCUUCUCUUGCCCAACUUAACUCCGAGAUUUUUCAAUUUUCAACAUUGGAAGAGGAGGACAUAGUGGUGCAGUGGCUGCGAGAGUUUGAAGAGAAGGAAGAGGAGAAAAUGAAGAAAGAAGAAUUCAGUAUGGUUAUACCAGGACGCAAGCGCAGCAAGAGAAGAGGGGUGGAAAAGGCGAAGAGGAAAAGGGCAACCAUUAGGAGAUGCAUGCAUUGCGCAACACACAAAACCCCGCAGUGGAGAGAGGGGCCGAUGGGCCCUAAAACACUGUGCAAUGCUUGUGGUGUUCGGUACAGGUCUGGGAGGUUGUAUCCAGAGUACAGACCGGCAAAUAGCCCAACUUUUGUGAGCUGCAUCCAUUCUAAUUCCCACAAAAAAGUGGUGCAGAUGCGUGCUGCUAACAACCCACAACAUCGUUUGUCAGCUUCUUCUCCUACUUCUGAUGGCCCCCAUUAAUGGGCGGCCUCUCCAUUAUUGUUACUGCUAUUUGGCUUCCUAUUAUACUUUUCAAAAGUAAUAUAAAUUCCCCAUUCUCUCCCUCGCA